CCAGCCCUCUUCUUCCCAGAAACUACAUCUCAUCCUCCAUUGCCACACAGCUGUUAAUUUAGCCCCAUACCCUUUUCUUCUCUCCUCCUCCUCCUCCUCCUCCUCCUUCUUCAUCUUCAUCUUCUUCUUCUUCUUCUUCAAAUCAUUACAGUUUCUCUCUUCUAUGGAAUCCAUGGCAUCUUCUGAAGCCACCAUCAAUGUUGAAGAACAAGUGCGGAGGCAAAGAGCAGCACUUGAAUGGAACAAUAGUCCAAUUGCAAUCCCAGAAGAUGAAUAUAAAUGGAAGAAAUAUGGGCAAAAGUAUAUUAGAAGGAGACAGAAGAAUAGGGGUUAUUUCAAAUGUAGGAGCAUGAAUUGUCAGGCGAAGAAGAAGGUGGAGUGGGCACCAAAUGAGCCCCACAAUAUAACAAUAUUGUACGAAGGAGAACAUAACCACAGACCCUCAAUUUCUUCAGAGCAUGAAGAAGCCCGAAUCUCAACUAAUCAAUAUGAUUUAGUUACUCAGAUGUUUGGAUCAAGAACUUGAUUAAUCAGCUCUUUACUAUAUUAAGAUUUUGCAUUUUCAAGAACAAAUGAACCUAGUGGUGCUGGGUUCCCAAAUGUUUAGAAACAUGGCGCAGACUCUCAUCAUGGGGCCUAGCGCAUGGGAAAUCGGUAUUUAGGCCUCUGUCAAAUACCGAUUUGCUUUUAAAAAAACUAAUAUAUAUAUCACUUAUUACAGAGUUCUUAACAUAGUAAAAUGUGAGGUGAAUGUUAUUCUAAUGGAUGACAAUAAUGUUCAAGAGGACAUGAGGGUAGAGUACUAAGCUCAUUUUUCUAGUUUUUUCCUGUUUGCUUUUUGUGUUUUCCAAAGUGCAUGUA